AUGACCAAUCUAACCGACUCGCGCUGGGCGCCGGGUGGAAGCUACGAUGGCAAGCACAACUCUCAAGGCCAAAACAAUAGCGGCACAAUCAACGGGUCAUUCAUGCGCCGACCCCGCUCCGAAAAUCAAAUACGAACAACGCCCACCAACAACAUAAACAGCACCACAGGACUCCUCCCACCCUCUGAAGAACUAGCCCGCUUCGAAAAGAUCGUCGCCCGUCUAAAAUGGAAACUUCCCUUCUUAGCCGAAGGCUACAGACUCGCUAAAAUGGCCGUAGGCUCAGGAAGCGAGCUUGAAGAAAUGAUGUUCAAGAUUGAUUUCUACGAAUACUACGCGCUGCUCGAACGGGCUAUUGUACAUUUACUAGCAGUUUUCAACAUCACCGUUUCGUCUUCUGCGCACCAGUCAUCAUCUACAGGCGUGCGCGUGAUCGGCGCCGCCAUGCCCCGACCACCACCUCCAACAGGCCAUCGAUACCACGCCAAUGUCCUCCAGGCGCUAGAGGACGAGUCGUCACCGCUAACGCCUGUGCUAGGGAGCGGACAUGUGUUCGAAUUACUGCGGCAAGCGAAGGAUUUGCGGAAUCGGUGGAAGACGGCUGAUUUGAGUCGAGAGGAGAGGGAGCGGGAUCCGUUUGAGCGAAGGGAGGUGCCGGAUUUGGCGGCGUUUGAUUUUGAUGAGAUUUUAGGUGGCAUUUUUCACGGGCUUGAUGAGGGGUAUGCCAGGGCUAGAUAUCAUGCUGAUCUUUGUAGGAAGCCUGGGGAUACGGCGGAUGAAGGUGGAGUUGGGGAUGGAGGGUGGGGAUUUAUAGUUGAUGCUAUGGAUUGGGAGGCUGUUUGA